AUGGUAUCUUUCCCCUUCCUUGGCAUUGCUGCCUUAACAGCCCUGCCUGUCACCAAGGCAGUCCCCACUGGUCUCGAUAAUUUGGCCAGGCGUCAGGCGAUCACCGCGCUCUCAGAGAGUCAGAUCAACUACUUCACGCCGUACACUUUGUAUGCUAGUGCAGCCUAUUGCCCUUCUGCCGAGUUGGCAGUAUGGGCUUGCGGAGUGAACUGUCAAGCUAUUCCUCAAUUUGAGCCCGUGGCUGCGGGAGGGGACGGUAACCUCGUCCAGUACUGGUAUGUGGGCUUCGACCCGACACUCGAUAGUGUGAUCGUGGCACACCAAGGGACCGACCCUGCGGCACUUCUCGCCGAUCUCACAGACGUUAACCUCAUCCAGGAGGCGCUGGACCCAACCCUCUUUCCUGGACUGAGCACCGACAUCCUAGUGCACAGCGGAUUCGCCAAUGAACAGUCUCUAACUGCCGCAGACGUUCUGUCUGCCGUGCAGGAGACAAUGGCUAAGUAUGGCGUCAAUCAAGUCACGAUCGUGGGGCAUUCGCUAGGCAAGUUUUCCUCUUUCCUGACUGCGUUCAAUUUAUCUGAUCAAAGUGACACGCAGGAGCGGCAAUCUCCCUUCUCGACGCCGUAUACCUUCCUCUUCAUAUUCCGGACGCGGCGUUCACUUAUAUCGGAUACGGCCUUCCACGAGUGGGUCGGAAAUCAGGCUUUUGCGAAUUAUGUUGACGCAGGACUUACCAACGUGACACACGUCAACGACAAGAAAGACGUCAUCGCCAUCGUGCCGCCCACGUCUCUGGGUUUCAUCCAUCCGUCUGGCGAAGUACAUAUCGAGGAUUGGGGCGAUUGGGAUGCAUGCCCAGGGCAGGAGAAUCCCAGCCCUCUCUGUAUUGUCGGGGAUGUUCCGACUGUUCUGCAAGGUAAUAUCGUCGACCAUCUCGGGCCUUAUAAUGGGAUUUGGAUCGGUUGUGGGGUGCAGACAAUUAUCCCUUGA